AUGACGACCAGCUUUGUGGAAAUCGGUCCUGCUGCCGGUUCUGACCACACAUCUCCUCCCCCAAUGGGUCUCGAGGCAGAAGCUCCUGAGCAACCAGACAAUUCAAAGAUAGAGUUGGUGUCAGUAACUGAGGAAGAGCUCCCCACCGUGGAGACCCCCAACACUCUGAACAUCAGUCCGCUGGGCAGCUGUGCUACUGACAUCCUGUCAGAGAAAAACAUAAUUGAAGCCACAGAGAUCCAGCCUCCAGCCACGCCUACUCAAACCAUGCCAGUCACCAAGGUGCAGCCAUUCAUCAAUGACGAUGAUCUGGACAAAAGUUGGAGGACUCGACUUAUUGCCCAUCGCUUCGAACUGCUUGUGGUUUCCUGCCUCGUUUCCUCGGUCGCCGUCAUUUUCAGCAUCGGUCUUGGUGUGGGUCUCAGCUGCGUGGGGAAGUUCCGCUGUGGUUCAUCUUCUCAGUGUGUGGGCAGACCAGCUCGAUGUGAUGGAGUCGUGCACUGCGACAACCAGGAGGACGAACUCGGCUGUGUCCGUUUAAGUGGCAGGAAAUCAGUCCUGCAGGUCCAGAAACAAGGAGAAUGGAGGACGGUCUGCUCCGAGGACUGGAACAACCAAUUGGGUGUCUCGGCCUGUACACAGCUGGGAUACUCCAGGUACGUGGAGUCCGUCUUUGUCUCUCUGACAGCCGUUGAAGAGGACCUUCAGACCAACCUGGUUUCCUUCAACAUUAGUCAGCCAGAGAUCAUUAAACUCCAGAACCUUCCAGUUUUCAGUAAGAGCCAGUGCAGCAGUGGGAUGGUAACCACUUUGAAGUGUCUGGAGUGUGGUUCCAGGCCUCAGUACCGCAGCCGGAUUGUUGGUGGGAACAUUUCAGAAUCGGGUCAGUUCCCCUGGCAGGUCAGCCUCCAUUUCAGGAGUGUACAUCUGUGUGGAGGCUCCAUCAUCUCCACCUUCUGGAUCCUGACAGCAGCUCACUGCGUGUAUGGGUUUGAAAACUCCUCCUUAUGGACGGUACAUGCGGGAUUGACUGAGCAGCUGAUCCACAGAGCCCAGUCCCUGGCUGUGAAGAACAUCAUCUACCAUGCUCGGUACCGGCCCAAAGGACUGGACUAUGAUAUUGCCCUGAUGAAACUGGAAAGGCCCCUCAGUUUUAACGGCUACGUGGAGCCCAUCUGUCUGCCUAACCAUGGAGAGGACUUCAUGGAGGGAACCUUGUGCUGGAUCUCUGGCUGGGGAGCAACAGAAGAAGAAGGUGAGACCAGCGUGGUACUGCGAUCAGCCAUGGUACCGCUCAUCUCUACCAAGACCUGCAACCAGCCGGAGGUUUACAAGGGCUUAAUCUCCUCCUGGAUGAUCUGUGCAGGAUACCUGGAAGGAGGAGUGGACUCCUGCCAGGGGGACAGCGGCGGUCCUCUUGCCUGCCAGGACUCAACUAUGUGGAAGCUGGUCGGGGCGACCAGCUGGGGGAUCGGAUGUGCUGUGAGGAACAAACCGGGUGUUUACACUCGCGUCACGGAGUCGCUGAGCUGGAUCCGCCAUCAGAUGGAGAGAGAAGAAGUUCCCAGUUCACCUGUUCGAAGAACUGGAAACUGA